UUACUCAGAGCGCAAUUCUUUCCAUAGCUUUCUCUGACUGACACGGAAGGUGGAAUCCAGUUGCAGUUUUUUUUUUCUUGUGUGGGAGGAUUUAGGAAUGUUGCCAAUAUGUGACAGAAGCAAUGGAACGCUGAGCGAGAAAAGUAACAAUUACUGAACGUCGCAGAGAGAAAACUUUACUUUCUAAAAGAACAGGACAAAAUCGAAUCCAAAUGGCUGAACAGUACUCAGACCUGGAAAAGGCCAUCAACACCCUGGUCACACAGUUCCAUGCUGCUUCGGCUAAUAAUGGCCCCACACUCCAAACUGACGAGUUCAAAAGCCUCCUCUCCUCCCAGUUGCCUAACUUAGCCAAGACUGCAGGCUCAGAGCAGGGCCUCGGCGAGGUGAUGAGAACGAUGGGUGUGGCAGAUGGAGAGGGAAUCUCCUUCAAGAACUUCUGGAGCUUGAUCCAGCAACUGGCCGGCAAACAGUAUGGUCUACUCAGCAACGAGAAGGUGUCCAAGUGUAACUGUGUGCUCCUGUAAGGUCAAUGCCUUCGGACAGUGACCUGAGCCUGAGUAUCCCUCCUAGGGUCUGCCCCCCCCCCCCCCCC